AAUAAAUUUUUCGCACUAUAGUAAAUUUGCGAAUGUCAAAUUAAAUAGUAAGAUAGAAAUAUCUGUCAAAUUUCUCAAGUGUCCUUAGAAUGUGAACAACAUUUUAAUAAAUUUACGAACGUCAAAUAUAGUUUUGUUGACGUGGUUGGACUUGUAAAUUUACAGUAAAGGGGUGGUGUCUCUGGUCUUUCUAUGGUAGCAUUGGGAUUUAAAAAGAAGUCCUAGAAAAAGAAUAGACGGUCACGGCCAAAUAUAAAAGAAGAGAGAAGCAGGACUGAAGAAGAGAGUAAACAGACUGAAAGGAGGCAUAGAAGAAACCGGAAGAAAAACACGGGGAAAAGAAGUUUGUGGAAGUGACUUUGUGCUCGAAAUUUGUUGAUAAUAUUCGUGAUCUUGAAGAUUUUGAUUGGAUUGGGUUCAAAAUGUCCUCGGAAAAGCACGUCGCCAUCCUUGCUUUUCCAUUCGGUUGCCACCCCCUGCCCCUCGCCAACCUCCUCCGUAAGUUGGCAGAAACUGUUACGAACGUCCACUUCUCUUUCUUAAGCACGGCCACGUCCAACCGUGAUCUCUUCCCCACUUCGUCGAGAGCCAAGCUGCCGCCCAACAUCAAGGUCUAUGACAUCGACAAUGGAUUGCCGGUUGGUCAUCACGGAGUGAUGAAGGAGGAACUGGUAGAGCAAAUGAAUGUGUUCCGCAUGCAAGCCCAGAAGAAUUAUCAAGCUGCCAUUGAUGCCGCGGAGCGAGAUGCAAGGAAGAAGGUGAGUUGUCUAUUUAGUGAUGCUUUAUUACUUCUCGCAGGCGAAAUCGCCGAGGAAAUGCACGUUCCGUGGGUGACGUUCUGGGUCCCGUCUCCGUGCUUUCUGUCCGCUUACGUCCACGCCGAGGUCCUUCGUCAACUCUACCACAAAACCUCCUGCGCCGGCAUGGCAGUGGCAGAGGCCGAGACCGACGACAAGGCACUGGAAAUGGUUCCAGGGUUAUCAUUGUUUAGAAUGUCAGAUAUCCCGAACUAUAUUAAACAAGACCUGACCACGUCGCCAGUGCCAAACUUCGUUAACCAGUUGGGGCGCAUGCUGCCAUGUGCCGCGGCCGUCAUCAUGAACUCCUACGUGGAAGCGAAUCCGGCACCUCUAAUAGCAGACCUCAAGUCCAAGUUCAAGAUUCUCCUCCACGUAGGGUGCUCCACGGUGUCUUUCUCACCACCACCGGUGCUAACAAGCUCAGACUCAGACCCUACCGGUUGCUUAAUGUGGCUAGACACCAGAGACCCUCGGACCGUGGCAUAUGUUUGUUUUGGGACGGUAGCUGUACCGUCGCCUACCGAGCUAUCCUCUCUUGCCGAGGCCCUGGAAUCCACCGGGACCCCAUUCCUAUGGUCUAUGAAGGAGCACAUGAUGGUCCAUUUGCCCGAAGGGUUCUUGGAGAGGACGGGGCAGCGUGGGAAGAUAGUGUCGUGGGCCCCGCAGAGCCGGGUGUUGAGCCACCCAGCGUGCGGGGUGCACGUGACACACUGCGGGUACAACUCGGUGUUUGAGAGCGUGGCGGGGGGCGUGCCGAUGAUAUGCAAGCCGUUUUGGACGGACAACAUGAUGAACGGAAGGUUGGUGAAGGAAUGGUGGAAAAUUGGAGUGGGAGUGGAGGGAGGGACCAUUACAAAGAGUGGGAUGGUGAAGGCAUUGGAGGUGGUGCUGAGAAGUGAGGACGGAAAGGAGAUGAGGAAGAAGGCUGGUGAGCUUAGAGAGAGAUUGGUGGAUGCUUCCGGACCCGGAGGAAGUGUUCAAGCUGAUUUCAAGACCCUUGUGGACUUGGUUUCUACUUAAUGAUAUGUUUCAUUUCUAUUUUGCUUAGUAUGCUUUGUGGGGAUGUGAUCCUUUGUUGGAGACACCGGUCUGCAUAAAGGAUGUUUGUUUUACUUUGUGGAAGAUUUAAAUUGAUCUUUUGAUAUGAUAGAUAGCCAAGUUGAUUUCUU